AUGGAGGAUGAACCACCCGCCAGUGAACAUCAAUCACUUGAUGAUAUAAUUGAAAGUAUUCUGGAUGGUGAAUCCUCGCGGAAUAAUUCAAGUGAAGUACCAUUAAACGAAGGAAUCCCAAUCAACGAUAACAAAGAAAAUGAUAUCGAGCAAAUCGCCGCACUGGUUUGCGAGCAGGAUUGUUGUGGAGCUCUUCAUGAACAUAUGCCAGAAUCAGUAUUGAAUGACGGCACAUGUUGUUGCGCAGAAUUUAAUGAACGUACAUAUAGAGGGUUUCUGACAUGGCAAGAUGAUCUUGACCCAUCCGAACCACGUUGUAUCUGCAUUGAACCAUUAAUGGAUAAUUCAACCCGGGGAUUUUCGGUUAAAAAAGUGUCGGAAUUCUUUGAGCGAGUGAAACAGAAUCGAGGCGAUAUUUGUCCGUCGUGUCGUCCCAGAAACGGUGUCGACGAUGCGGACAACGACACAAGAACACCGAUAACACGCCUCCGCUUUUUGCUGUGCAUCGGUGAUAUUUUCAACGAAGGAGUGCAGGAAGUAUAUCCAAAUGGCGCCGAUUAUGAGCAGCAUCUCCAAGCGAAUGAGUAUAAAGAUAGCGAUACGGAUAUAUCUGAUGAAGAUGGCUGUCUGAAUUAG